AUGAUUUUCGUCACUUUUGCAUUCAUCGCAGCAUCAGAGUACGAGUGUGACAUCUUAACAAACCCAAAAGAUGAUUGUGGAUAUGUGUGCGGCAAAAUAAACGACGAAACCAAGGACAGCAACUGUGGAAACGCCGACAAGCGUAAAGAGUCGCUACUUCUAGUUCACGAUCCAAAAGAUAAAAAAGAAGAAAACGAUGAAUAUUAUGAAGUCAAAUAUUUCGAAUGUGUUGAGGCAUGUCCACAAAAUUAUCAAAAAUAUGAGCCAUUAAAAUUUUGCGUUAAGAACAGUGUCGAGUUUGAAGAGUUUAAGAAAGGAUGUGAUUCUGAAUCAAGCAAUUUAUGGGUGAUUAUAUUGAGUGUAUUAGGAGUUGCCAUUGCUGGUAUUGGAGCUGGCUUUGCUUAUUGUAGGAAAAAGGUAGUUGGAAAUUAUGACCAAAACAGUCCUGAAAUUCGAGCGUCUGAAGUUGGACUGACUAAAAAUAACUCUGUUUAA